AUGUACGGUACAAGGUACGUAGGUACAAGGUACGUAGGUACGGCUCACUCCUUGGUUCGAGAGCAGGUGGAUUGCUGCUUCAAGGCUCCCCUCGCUCUGGGUUGCUCAUCGGCUGGGGUGAAGCCUUGAAGGGGUACGAAGGACCUGGCGAGUACUGGUACGGAGUACUCAGUACGUAUCGUGCAUUGUACGGACCACGAGUAGAGCACACCGUAGAGGGCCAGAGAAGAGAAGAGUAGGUGUAGGUGUAGGUAGCCUGGCGGUAGCACAGGUAAUGAUGCUAGGGCAACAGGCGGUGGCAUCACUGGCAUGGUGUGUGUGCUGCAGCUGGUGAUGGUGAUGGCGAUAGUGAUGAUGAUGGCGAUAGUGAUGAUGAUGGCGAUAGUGAUGGUGAUGGCGAUAGUGAUGAUGAUGGCGAUAGUGAUGGUGAUGGCGAUAGUGAUGGUGCGCCGAGUGAGUGAUGGGAGGUAGCGGUGGGUGCCAAACUAGGCCAUCAAGGCCAGCAAGCCAACCCCUAGAGAUCCUCCCACCAGCUCCCAGUCCCCCAAUUCCCAGCGCUCGCUCGUCUCCGCACCGAGGUUGAAAGGUUUUCCCUCAUAUCCCAUAUCCCACAUCCUAUGAUCCUCACUCCAAAAUGCUAUCGUUCCCCGCAACGCAACGCAACGCAACGCAAAUUGCAACCACGCAGGCAACCUGUCCUGUCCGGUCCUGUUCACUGCAAGGUCCAUGAUCCGCAGUAGGUGUAGGAGAUUCACGAGCCGCUCAGUGUUCCAAGCCCACCAGGUUGGGGAUGGUGAUGUUUACCUUCCUCGGUAAAGUAUACUGGUACAGUGGCAAUGCUUUCCAUCUAGGGGCAAAAGUCGACUUAUAUAUAUAUAUACAUUUUUUUAGCACCGCCAUGCAAAACGAAGCUUCAUCUCCCCAGCCUCGUCUUCGCCGUUGGGACAGGCAAAGGCCCUGAAGCGAAGGCUACGGUGAUGCGAACAUGA